UAAUCAAAAAACGUUUUUUGGCACCUCCAAAUCUCGAAGAGCCAGACAAAGAACGCCUCUCACUUUAACGUGCAGCAAUGAAAACCCUACAAGCAAGCCCCAUGUUAUCUUGUUCUUAUGCGUCUCUUUAAUUUCAUCUUCUCUUUCUUACUUAAGAUAUGACGAGUGAACAACGUAUCCUUUUCUUCUGAUCUUUGCUUUCAUCCAUUAUUCUCGAUCAUUCUUUUCGAUUACAAAUCUCAGAUCUCUCUAGCUAGCAUAGCUCCCUCCCUUUCUGCUUUCAUCAGCUGGGAGAAGCAACGCCAGUGAGCUUAUAAUCGGAGAGGAGGUUAUUAUAAUACUGAAAGUGGUCAAAGAGAGCUGAACAAGGUGGAUCGAAGGCAUGGGAAGAGACCUCUACCUUCUGAUCAUGAUGCAUCAGAGGCCAAAAGAGAAGAUUUCAUCAUGUCUCGGCCUCACCCAUCACCGUCCGAUCAGACCCAAAAGGAAGAAACCUCACCUUCUACCUUUUCGCAUCUUAUCAGCACCAGUGAUACUAAAACCUUCUCCGUCCCAAUCUCACAUGGUCAAGUAAGCACCUCUUCUGGGUUUGGGUUGAUCCAGAAGCUGGAUCGAUCCCAGCCUCCACAUCAAAAUCAAGGUAACGAUGUGAGAAAAAGAAACUAUAGAGGAGUGAGGCAGAGACCAUGGGGGAAGUGGGCAGCCGAAAUCCGAGACCCUAAAAAAGCAGCUAGGGUGUGGCUUGGCACCUUCGAGACGGCCGAGGAUGCAGCCGCUGCUUAUGAUGCUGCAGCAUUAAGGUUCAAAGGAAGCAAAGCUAAACUUAAUUUCCCCGAACGUGUUUCUUUAGCUACUUCUUCAGCCGUCCCUUCAUCACAAACCCAGCUUCAUGCUGCUCCUGCUCCGCCGAUACAGGAGGCGGCGCAAACUGUGUCUUGGCCUCCGGCGCCAUCGACGGACAAUGAAGGGUUCCCAAAUCUAUUGCAGUACGCGCAGCUACUUCGUGGUGGUGAUGCUGACCUCCAAAGAGCUGCUUCGGGACUCCAUAGUUAUCAGAAUGAUCCAUUUCUUUUUUAUCCUUCUACGUUAUUCUCGUCAUCAUCAGGCAUGUCUUCUACUUCGUCUGCUUCUAUGUCUGGGUCUGAUCAACGUCAGGUUCAAGAUACGCAGAGAGUAGCACAGGAAGGAGAUUAUUAUGGAGGUUCUUCUUCUCCCGGUUCUUGUUUCCUUGAUGAAGGAAACACGAGGAGAUAGUUUUACGAAGUUUCCAUACUCACACCUGAACAGCCGGUGCAUGCAGUGGAGGAGCGGGUAAUUAUGUCCGUUCAUAUAGCUAGCCUGCAGAUUUUUCAGUUUGACUAGCACCUCUAACUAAUUCUGAAACAUUUAUACGAAUGAUACGUUCCUUUUUCUUUGGUAUAAGCAUAUAUGUUCUAUUCUGUUAAUUCAAGGAUGCAAUUGUCUUUGUUUAAUCAUUGAUAUUUAGCACCAUUAUAGAUUUUGAUUCUUUGCGAGUUGUAUGCGGCUUCGUGGCGAAAA